AGUACUUCAUUGAAAGACACCGCGGUUCUGUUAUCUGAUAUUCCAGUGCAGUGACAAUUGACAAUACUUUGUACAUAUUUAUGCGAUUUCGUCAAAAUAUUGUUUAAGAUUUCGUUAAAAAUUAUAAAAACAUUUUAAUCAUUCUACGCUAUUUUGUUCAUUCAAAUACGUAAGUACAGCUGGACUGCGAUUAUUCACCAUGUCCACAAUUCCAAAAAACGAGGUUUUAUUUAUACUGGGAGGCCCUGGCGCUGGGAAAGGUACUUUGGGUCAAUACAUCAUGGAAAGGUUGGGUUAUGUGCAUUUAUCGGCUGGUGACCUGCUCAGAGAUGAACGUCGGAACGCUAACUCGCAGUAUGGGCAAUUGAUCGAGAAUUAUAUUCGCGAUGGGAAGAUCGUACCUGUCGCAAUCACUUGCAGCCUUUUGGAUCAAGCAAUGCAAAAGCAUUAUAGUCCUCACAAAAGAUACCUGAUCGAUGGUUUCCCACGAAAUCAGGAUAACGUGGAUGGGUGGAAUGAGACAAUGUCUGAUAAAUGUAUAGUAAAAGGAGUAUUGUUUUGCGAAUGCAAUAAAGAAGUAUGCACACAACGCUGCCUGAAACGUGGUGCUGCAGGAAGUGGCAGAAGCGAUGAUAACGAAGAAGUGUUAGUGAAGAGGCACGAGACAUAUAUUAUGGCCACUUUGCCCAUAAUUGAAUACUAUGAAAAGCAGAACUUACUGUUUAAAGUAAAUAGUAUGCAGACACCAGAGAAAGUAUUUACAGAUGCUAAGGAAAUUUUAAAGAAAAUAGGCUGGGUAUCCAAUGAAUAAAAUCAUUUCUAAUAAUCCGGGAGGGAAAGAGAGAGAGAGAUCAGGGAUUAUUUCAUUUAUGUCUAAUGUUUUACUGCUUAAAAAAAGUAUAUAUUUUGUAGAAGAAUUAUUUUUAUGAUAGCAGAACAAUGAAAACUGCAUUUUAUUUUAUUGCCUUUAUAGAGAGAUUAGACCAUAUUUUCCUCAGGGUACAUGAUCAGAAUUGGUGUUCUACAAAUAGCAUAUACUUGGUAUGCAUUCCCUUUUCUACAAUUGUAUAAUGAAUAAUUUUACACAAAUAAAAUUAUACAUCAUAUAAAUAUAUAUAUUAUAUAUAUAUUUAUGCAAAUUUAAAUAACAUGGACAGCAAAAUCAAAUAAAAGGAACUUCUAUUUAAUUUUAA